AUGUUUCGUGAUCCCGACCCGCAAUCGGGUCUGGGAGGCUGGGGCGUUUCCGCCGCGGACGACUACACCGUUACUGACGGCGCAUUUGGCGGGGACGCGUCGUUCGUCAUGGCGUACCCCGUACCGCAUAGCAUCCGCCGCCAUUUCGACUUGUACCCAUACCUGAAGUCUCUACAGCCCGAUCUCAUCCCGAAUCCGAGCAUGCCAGGGAAUGUGAGCAUCACGCCGAGUUUAAUUCGCGGUAUGAUCCAUGGACAUGUGGGUGAUUUCAAGGGGUUUCAGGCUGCGUUUGAGGGAUUUCAGGGCCCCCAUUCGGCCGUGCAUUUGAUGGUCGGCGGCGAUCUUGCUGGAACAUGUCCUCCCAACGCACCAGAGGAAUGUAAAGACGGCUCAAAGUGGGCUCCCAACGAUCCUCUGUUCUGGAUGCACCACGCUAUGAUCGACAAAGUCUGGUCUGAAUGGCAGAGCAAGCACGAGGCAAACUCCAUGUCCUUCGAAGGCGGCUCCGUACAGCGUUUCGAGAACAUUACGAUACAUGAACGAUACCCUAAUGGAGGCCCGCCAUUUCUCCACCUAGAUUCUGCGCUGAGUGGCCACGGGCUUUUCCCCGAUGGGCAGAUCGCCGAUGUUAUGAAUACGACCGGCGGAUAUCUUUGCUACGUAUACGAGUAA